CACACACACACACACACACACAAACACAAACAGAUAGAGAGAGAGAGAGAGAGAGAGAGAGAGAGAUGCACAUAAGCAUAGACACAUUAAGUGCGAAGAGGAAACGCUGUGGUGAGGCAGGUCUCCAAUCCCAGCACCGCCCACCAGAGCCCUCCUGCCGCCGCUGUGCACCUGCCCUGUGCUCACACAGCAUAAACCACUUCCAGCGAUCACGCACACACUCACAGCACCACAAACACACACAGACACACGCACACACACCUUAAACCUGAAGUGGGGCUGCCCUAGAGGUUCGCCGGAUUUAUCAGUUGCACGCUUCAAGACUAAAUAGGCUACUUCCUGCACGGUGGAUGUAAUUCAUAUUAAGCAAGAGGUGUCAUGUCAAAUGCAUGGAAUUAAUUUGAAAGUGAAUAAAUUCGUGUGCAACUGACAGUUCAGCCGCAGUUUAAUUAAGUUUCCUCAUCGGUGGAUAUUUUACAUCUGGGGAAGUCUGCCGCGGAGUAUUAAAAUUGCAUCUACGCCUCUUGCCCUGCACUCGGAAACUGUUGAAUCGUUUGCCUUGCGCGCUAUUCUGAAGCUGUGCGCCGCAUGGAUCGUAUGACCGCGUGGCUUUAGGGGUUUUGCGCUCGGCUUGAGUGAUGGCGGAGGUGGGCGCGCUGCUGCAGGGCGCGGAGGGUGCGGGAGCCACGAGCUCGCUCCUGUUCCUGCCGCCGCUCGCCGAGACUCUCGCGCUGCUCGGAGAACAACGAUUUCCAGCCGAGUGGCUGUCCCGCAGCACACCGGCUGACCUGGUGCACUUAAAGGGCAUCCUGAGGAGGAGACAGCUUUAUUGCAGAACAGGUUUCCACCUGGAAAUCCUGCCGGACGGCACAGUGCAGGGCACGAGGAAAGACCACAGCCGCUUCGGUAUUUUGGAAUUCAUAAGCCUUGCAGUUGGAUUAAUCAGCAUCCGUGGAGUGGACAGUGGCCUCUACCUUGGAAUGAAUGACAAGGGGGAACUUUAUGGCUCUGAGAAGCUGACAGCUGAGUGUGUCUUCCGGGAACAGUUUGAAGAGAACUGGUACAACACCUAUUCCUCCAACCUUUACAAACAUGGAGAGAAGGGGGCACGCUACUAUGUGGCACUCAACAAGGAUGGAACGCCACGAGAUGGGACAAAGUCAAGGCGACAUCAGAAGUUCACACAUUUUCUCCCUAGGCCAGUAGACCCUGAUAAAGUGCCUGAACUUUACAAAGAAGUUUUAGGACACAGUUGAGACCAGCAGCGUGGUGUAUGAAGAGGAAUAGGCUUGUUAAGCCCUGUUCUAAUCAUAGGAACAGAGGACAUGGAUGGUUGUCUAGUAACCCAGGUACACUCGCCAGUGCCACAAAGAUGACAUGGGUUCUUGCUUCAGGAAAGCAAAGAUCAGAAAUGAUGGUGAAAUGCUCAGUCCUGGUCCUUUUCCUAAGUGCUACUAGAUACAGAAGGCAUCCCAAAGUCCAUGGGUCUAAUUGAACCAAGUUAGCAUUAGGCCUGCUGCUGAAGAGUAAGAAGAAAAAAUUUCCUGUCGGAUGCUGGAAAGGACAUUUAUAUGACAAGUUCUUUAGUUGGUUUAUUGACUGGCUUUGGAGUAAACUGAAGGAACACUACUUAUGUGAUGUGCUGAUAUGUCAAGAUUGAAAGCUGUGGAGAACAGAACACAUAAGCAGGAUAUUAUUUAUACAGUUCACACUACAUAUAUUUAUUUUAUGUAUUUAUUUAUUUGAUAAUAUAUAUAUAUUUUUACAUCUAAAUGUAGACUUAUCUAAUUAGAUACACUGUAGAAGGUGCCUUAAGCUUGUGUGAAAUCAGAUGUGCUCAUAGGAUGGAAAUGCAAAAUAUGACUUUAUAUUCUCACUAUAAUAUAAUAAGUACACCUUCAUUUUUUCUUUUCAGACAUGUGUAAAAUGGUUGUUUUUUCUAUAAAAAUUUCAAGAAGGUCCAAAUCACAAAUGUCAAUUCACCUAAUAACAGCAAACAAAAAUUGUCUUUUUUAUAUAGGAUAAUGUUUUAAAAUGCACAUACAAUAUCUUAUCUACCCCAGAAUUAAUUAAUAAAUCAUUAAUAA